AUUUAUCAUAGCUCUGUAGCUUACGUUACUGUGAGCUGCGUCCAAUACCCAAAACUGUGUCACUGGGAAAAACGUUUUCUCUUUCCUCUCCCUCUCUCCUCUGAAGGCCAGCCUCUCUGUACCAUCUAUCAGCCUGCUGUGUCUAGAGCAGCCACAGGGUCAUCCUCAGAACAGAUCAGAGAAAGGCACCGUAGCCAUCUACUCCUCUUACUCUCUUUCUCUCACUCACAAUACCUAUUUUUCUCUCUCUUCCUUUCUCCCCCUUUUACCUCUCAGUCAUACAAUAGACUUCCCCUGUACGCUCCUGCCCGGAGGAAAGAACGGGGGGGAUACGGUUUCCACAACAAUGGAAAUUCAAUCAGGAAAUGGAGAGGAGUUGGAGGUGGUGAGUGGCGAGUCAUUGGCGACCUCGGGCUCCGUUUCCUCCUCGCCGUAUCUCCCUGGCCCUCAGGCAGACGGCACGGACGAACAAGUACUCCGGGAGGACCUCCAGGCUUCCAAGUCCAUUGAGAGGUUUGACAUCCCUCUGAGUAGCCUGAAGAGGAUGUUUGAGAAGCCCCCGGGAACAGCCAACAGCGAAGUGAGAGCCGUACAUUCCAGCCCAUCCAGAAGAGCCCCCUCCAGUAGCUACCAGCUGGACCAGAAGAGGGACCCUUCACCUGGUGAGAAGAUGGCCUCAACUCAAGACCCCAGCCUCUCUGCGGGCAGCGCGGGUGGAACCAGCUCAGGACGUCCUGAGGAAAGGGAAGGGGUGGUGAGUCAGAGGAAAGGAGAAGGAGGAGCACCCACCAGUGAGGAGCCGGAGUCCGUGUCACUAAAGGAACGCAUGGCCAUGUAUCAGGCUGCCGUGUCCAAGAAGGAGGCCGGCAGCUCAUCCGCCGCGGUUAUGGAGGAGUCUGAAGCCUGUUCUCUGCCAGGGGGUCUGGCCAGCGUGAAGAAACAGUUUGAGAGCCAGGAGUACGCCUCCUCCUCCCAGUCCCAGACCAGCGUCACCCAUGUCCACUUAGAAAAGAGAUCCGUGCAGGAGGUGUCCAGCUCACAGGAGGUGACAGUGAGGAGCAGUGUCAGGGAGGUCAUCCCUACCACUCAGCAGGUGGCCUUCUUCCAUGGCCAGGAGGUGACUCAUGAUCAAAGAGUUCAACAAAGCAACGUGGCCUCCAGUUAUGAAAACCAUUAUGGUGAAACAGUUAGGGUCAUUGGAGGAGAGGACUUACCAAAGGUCUCCACUCAGGCUUUGAAGCAGCAGUAUGAGAAGACCAUCGAAGAAGCCACGCCGGGCAAGCAAAUUAAGAUUGAUCUGGAUUAUAACCAGUUUCAAUGGGCACCGGUAAACCAGUCCUCCUCAGCAGCAGCUAGCUAUGAAAGCUUGUCCACUGUGAAACAGUCAUCCAGAGCUUCAGCAGCAACGAGCUAUGAAACCUCAUCCACUAUGAGGACAGGGGCUGUCUCUUCCUCUACCGCUGCCUCAGCCUCAUCCACUAUGAGGACAGGGGCUGUCUCUUCAUCUACCGCUGCCACAGCCUCAUCCACUAUGAGGACAGGGGCUGUCUCUUCAUCUACCGCUGCCACAGCCUUAUCCACUAUGAGGACAGGGGCUGUCUCUUCAUCUACCGCUGCCACAGCCUUAUCCACUAUGAGGACAGGGGCUGUCUCUUCAUCUACCGCUGCCACAGCCUUAUCCACUAUGAGGACAGGGGCUGUCUCUUCAUCUACCGCUGCCUCAGACUCAUCCAUGGAUUAUGAGACCAUGGAGCACUUCCCUCCUCCACCCACUGAACUAAUGCCCCAGGAGGUCCCAGAGUGCUGUGACUCACUCCCGCCUCAGGAGCAGGCUGGCCAACAGAGAUACAUCUUCAACAAGGAGCACUACUCCAAGCAGAGGAACAUCAAUGAGCUGAAGCGCCUGUACAAGCACAUGCACCCAGAGGUUCGGCGGACCAUGGAGAAGGACUACUUCACCGACGUCACUGAGAUUGAGCAGUCACAGCUGGAUAGUGAAGAUGAGAUGACCGGGGAAGUCCAGCAGGCUUGCUAUGUGUUUGAGAACAGCGGUGGUGAUGAAUGUAUGAGCCCUGAGGGAGAUUACCUGGAGUGGGAUGAGAUCCUUAAAGGGGAGGUGCAAUCCAUGCGCUGGAUGUUUGAGAAUAAGCCGCUGGAUACCAUUAAAGAUGACACCCCAGAUGAGGAUGAUGAAGUGAAGAACAUUGCUCAGCAGGAAAUCAUUGCAGGAAGUGAUGUCAAAUACACAGCAUGGAUGUUUGAGACCCAGCCCAUGGAUGCGCUGCGUGCAGACACCCCAGACUCCACUGUACAGACAGGGAAAUUGACCGAGCUGGCAAGAGGAGAUGUCCGUACAGCCACCUAUCUUUUCGAGACCCAGCCACUGGAUUGUCUGAAUAAAAUCUACCAGGAGGAUGAGCAAGCCUUGGAGGUAGUCUUCACUAAAGAUAUUACAGGAGGGGACGUGAAAACGGCCAGGUAUCUGUUUGAAACUCAACACUUGGAUUCCCUCAGCCACACAGAGACCAUUGAGGAGAGCCACUUCUUGAACCUGAAGUCAGAGCUUGAGGAGAUCAAAGGGGAAGUGAAGACAACCACACGGAUGUUUGAGACCCAGCCCAUGUGUGUCAUCAGGGGCGACUCUGGAAAUAUGCUGGAGAUCACCGCCAUCCGCAGGGAGGAGAUGGAGAAAGGAGACGUGAAGACCUCCCGCUGGCUCUUUGAGACCCAGCCUCUGGACAUCAUCAACAAAGACCCUGCCAAGGUGAAGCUGAUCUGUGGAGUCUCAAUGGAGGACAACUCCCAGGGAGGCGUGAACCGAGGGAGGUGGCUGUUCGAGACAAAGACACUGGACUCCAUUAAAGACGAGGAAUGGGAAAGCCUCAGGCAAAAGGAGGAGAUUAUUGGAGCUGAUGUGCGGAAGCACUGCCUGGUUUUCGAGACACAGCAGAUGGAUACUCUGAAAGACAAUGCCAAUGCCAGACCUUUGCCCUCAGAGGAGAUUGUAGGCGGUGAUGUGCGAUCAGCAAAACAUCUGUUUGAGACAGUGCCAAUGGAGAACCUGAAGGAUCUGGCUGAAGUAGGUAAACUUCAGAAGAUGGUUGCGUCUGAGGACGAGAAGGGUGAUGUUAGACAUCAGAAGUGGGUUUUUGAAAGUCAACCACUUGAAAACAUAAGGGAGGAGAAGAAGGAAAUCACACGCACAAUAAACCUUGAAGAACUUGAUAAAGGCGACGUCACAAAUCACAAGGAAAGAUUUGAAACCUUGGAUUUAAGCAGAUGUGAGGGGGCACAGAGAAUUCAAGUUGAAGGUGUUACCAGUGGGUCUGUGAAAUCAAACAAAGUACUUUUUGAAUCCACCCCGAUGUAUGCCAUGCAAGACAGCGAGGGACACUACCAUGAGGUGAAAACCGUGCGACGUGAGGAGAUAGUAAAAGGAGAUGUUAGAAGCUGCAGGUGGAUGUUUGAAACACGUCCUAUCGAUGAGUUUGAUGAAAGUAUCAACAAAUUCCAGAUUAUAAAAGGUAUAUCAAAGGAGGAGAUUGAAUCGGGCGAUGUCAAGACAGCCAAGUGGUUAUUCGAAACUCAACCCCUCGAUGGUAUUAAACAUUUCAGCAACACUGAAGAAGAUGAAACUAAGACAAAGGAGAGUGUUGAAAUUGAGAAAGGUGAUGUGAAAACCUGCAGAUGGUUGUUCGAGACUCAACCAAUGGAUAAUCUAUAUGAGAAAGCAGAUAAGGUGAGGAAUGAGACUGAGGUUGAGGAGGUCAACAAAGGGGACGUCAAAACAUGCACAUGGCUUUUUGAGACUCAGAACCUCGAUGACAUCUGUGACCAUUCAGAGUCCGAAUCGGAGACCGUUCUCAAAACCUGCACUGUAAAACAAGAGGACGUCCAAGGCAAAGAUGUGCAUCACGCUCGUUUUCUCUUUGAGACAGAGAACCUGGAGAACCUCACAGGGGAGGAGAGUGGUGCCUUCAGGAGGGUAACUAAGAUUGAUGUCCAGUCUGGAGAUGUGUCUAGGAUGAAGUUUCUCUUUCAGAAUCGGUCUUCAGACAUCAUGACCUCAACCUCAGCUGAAACAAUGCAUAAGCUGAAGACCCUUACGGCGGAGGAAAUUCAGAAAGGAAAUGUAGUGAACAAUAUGUGGCUUUUUGAAAACCAACCUAUAGACACUAUCCGCGAGGAUACAGAGGAAGCCAAGGAUACUCGCACCGUAACCGAUGUCCAGGGAGGAAACGUUGGUCAAGGACGCUUCGUUUUCGAGACCUACUCUCUCGAUAAAAUCCAGGAGGAGUCCACCGAGACUGAGAUUUCAAAACUCCAGAGCAUCAUCAGGGACGAUAUAGAGAAAGGGGAUGUGAAAAACUACACCAUGAUGUUUGAAAAUCAGCCACUGUAUGCAAUCUGUGACAAAGAGGGCCAUUACCAUGAAGUUACCACUAUGACAAAGGAAGAAGUCAUGAGGGGAGAUGUGGUCGGGGCCCGGUGGUUAUUUGAGACAAAACCUCUGGAUUCAAUAAGGGACACAGAUGAUGUCUAUGUCAUCAAAUCUGUCACUGAGGAGGACGUUCAGAAAGGUGAUGUCAGCACGGCCAGGUGGAGGUUCGAAACACAACCUCUUGAUGAAAUCGCUGAGGACAUGAAAGUGUUGACUAAAACAGUUGAAGAUAUCCAGGGUGGUGAUGUGAAGACAAACAAACACCUUUUUGAGACAGAUGAAAUGUCUCAGAAGUAUGUUAGAACUGUUAGCGUGAGUGAGAUCCAAAAAGGGGACGUCAGGACUGCCUCAUGGAUGUUUGAAACACACAGCAUCGAUAAGAUCCACGGCGAGGGCUCAGAAUAUGAUGAAAUGGAGACAGUGACAAAAGAAGAAGUGAUGAAAGGAGAUGUCAAGCAGUCUGUGUGGCUCUUUGAAAAACAGCCGCUUGACAGCAUUAAAGAGUCAGAUGGAACAGAGACUGUUGUCACCCGGGAAGAGAUCCCACAAGCAGAUGUGAAGACAACAACAUGGCUUUUUGAAACCACUCCUUUAACCAAAUUUAAUGAGAACAGUGUAGAAAGAACUGAAAUAAUGGGGAAGAGCAUCAAAGAGACCCUUGAAGAGCUGUAUUGUCAGAAAAUGGUUGACUCACAAGGGAUUCUCAUUGAGAUGGAUGAGAUAGGAGAUGUCAGAAUGGCAAAAUAUAGGCUCAUGAACCAAGAUGCUCCAGAAAUCCAGAAGGAGGAGGUGAUCAGAGGGGAUCUAAACAACAUCAUGAUGAACCUCCUAAACAGACGGGAAAUGACAGAGAAAGGGAUAGUCAUAGACCAGGAAGAGAGAGGCAACAUCAACACAACAGUAAAACAGCUAUUCAACCAAGAGAAGGGAAUCAAUGUUGAGAAGGAGGAAAUCCUCAGGGGUGACAUUCAAGAGGCCAUCAACAACCUACUGAAGGAGGAGGGCUCCUCAAAACGUGGAAUUCUGAUUCAAGAAGAUGAAAAGGGAGAUGUGCGAAUGACUAUAUACUCCCUCCUCAAUAAGGAAGACGGUGCUGGCAUUGAGAAGGAGGAUAUCAUCAAAGGCAAUGUCAGUAGGACCCUUCACAGACUCUUGUCCAACCCAGGGUCAGAGGAAUCUAAAAGGAUAAGGGUGGAAGACACGGAGAGGGGUAACGUUAGCUUUUACUCCACCUGUAUUGAAUCUGGGGCUCUGGAAUACCUCAAACAACUCCAGUUUGAACCUAAUGAGGAACAAGAAAAGGUGCAGAAGGAACGUAUCAUUGGCGGCGAUGUUAUGGAAACCAAAAUGACAUUAAGGAAGAAUCAACAGCAGAUUGAACGCACAGUAGCUGAGGAUGAUAUUGUCCCUGGUGAUGUCAACAACACUGUGAAGGUGUUUAUGAUGGAACCUGCUCUCUUGCUGGAGAACCUGCAGAAAGAGGAAAUUGUCAAGGGAGAUCUGAGGGCGGCCCUGGACUCACUGACUAAAACUAUCAGCAAGAGAGUCGUGAUAGAGAAAGAGGAAGUGGUGAAAGGAGACCUGCACACCACUCUGAGGUCUUUGGAGGAGGCUCAAAACCAAGCCAAGGAAAUGGAAAAGCCAGAAAUUGUCCGAGGUGAUAUCCGUGGAGCCCUCCAGUCAUUAGAGAAAUCAGCGACCACCAAGACUGAGGUAAUCAUUGAGGAUUUAGUGCCCGGCGAUAUCAAAGGGACCUUGAAAUCACUAGAAGAGGCUAAGCAGGCAGUGAAAGAGAUGGAAAAGGAGGAGAUUGUAAAGGGAGACAUUCAUACUGCGCUGAAGGGUUUGCAUGAGGCCUCGAGUGAGAAAAAGCUUUACCAGCACCAAGUGAGUGAACAGGGGGACGUGAGAGGCACAAUACAGCUGUUACUAGAACCAUCCACCUCCCCACGAAUGCAACGCAGGGGAAGUACUGAGGGAGAUGUGAAGACCUCCAUAAAAUGCCUCUACGAAGGGCAGGGACAGGACCAGGAUGAGGAGCAAUCACAGAUGGAGAAGGAGGAGGUGAUAAAGGGAGAUGUUAAAGGAGCCAUAAAGAAUCUGAUGCAGAGAAAAGAAUAUUCAAAUCGGAAAGUAAGAAAGUAUCCUCCCAGGAAAGCUCCCAGAGCUCCUGUGAAAAAUCCAUUACCCACACAGCAAGUAGUGGACCAUAAAUACUCAGAUGUGGCUAAGAAUGAGAACGUCACAGUCAAUCUAGCCCCUGCUGUGAAAAAUCUGUCUCAGAGUCUGAGCAGUAAAUCACAGGGCACCACACAAAAGCACCUUGAGAAGUACACCGAGAACAAAUCAGUGAAAAGCAGCAAGACCUUCACCCAAGAGGAACGCUCUAUGACAACACAGGUCCAAACAGUAAAUAUUUCGGAGGCCUCACAGCAGGAACAUGUAAAAGAACAGACUCAAGUUAAAGAACAGACACAUGUUAAACAACAGAGUGUGAAACAGAAAAUGCAACCCCCUCCUAAGCACAUGAUCAUAAAGAAGAAAAAUCUGACCAAUCAGAUGACUGAUAAUACAUCAAUGAAUCAGAUGACGGAGAUUAAAGCAGCAAGUCAGAUGACUGUGAAUCAAUCAGCCAAUCAGAUCACUGUGAAUAAAGCAGUCAAUCAGAUCACUGAGGAUAAAGCAGCCAAUCAGAUGAUUGUGAAUAAAUCAGCCAAUCAUAUGACUGAAAAUAAAGCAGCCAAUCAGAUGAUUGUGAAUAAAUCAGCUAAUCACAUGACUGAGAAUAAAGCAGCCAAUCAGAUGAUUGUAAAUAAAUCAGCCAAUCAUAUGACUGAGAAUAAAGCAGCCAAUCAGAUGAUUGUGAAUAAAUCAGCCAAUCAUAUGGCUGAGAAUAAAGCCGCCUCAGACAUAAAUGUGACGAAAGAAACACAGAGAGAAACACAAGUCUCAGACAUGAACGUGACAACACAGGUCAAAACAGUCAAUAUGUCUGAGUCCACACAGCAGACACAUGUUAAACAACAGGCUGUGAAACAGAAAAUACCACCACCCCCUAAGCCCAUCGUCAUAAAGAAGAAAAACAUGACCAAUCAGAUGACUGAUAAUACAUCAACGAAUCAGAUGAAGGAGAUUAAAGCAGCCAAUCAGAUGACUGAGAAUAAAGCAGCCUCAGACAUAAAUGUGAUGAAAGAAACACAAAGCACAUCUCAAACUAAUAUUGUUUCAAAGCAAACACAGGAAACAAAGACAAUCAAACAGAUGCAAACGACAGUGACAGAACAUAAGACUGUCACACAAAAACACAACGUCAAAAAUCUGAAUACAAAUUUCCGGAACCUGGACAUGAAGGGAAAAGGUAUGAUAAAGAAAGGGACGCCUGAGAUUAAUUUCCCCCCUCCUCCCACUUCCCCGCCUCCACCAUCUGAGUCUGAGAUGUCUCUUCCUCCACCACCCUCACCAGUGGCAGGCAGCCCAAUGUCCCUGUCAUACCAUAGCCCAAUGUUUCCUACAUCCCGUCCCCUGAUUAUGAGACAGGACAGUGACCUUCCGCCUCCACCUCCUCCACCCCCAGUUGAAUGUGGGGAGCCCGACUUUUUUCCUUCUCCCCCACCCCCACCCUCUGUGGCAGGGCAAGACUUUCUUCCUCCACCUCCCUCACAGCAAGAGCUAAACUCUAUGCCACACCAAGUGCCUACACCACCACCUGGAAAGCCAUUUAAAGCUAGGCCUUUAUUCAAAAUCCCAAAACAUGAGCCACCCAAGCAACCAAUACCAGCCAAACCAAAAUGGCAGAAAAAGCAAGCAGCACCACCACCGCCUCCUCCACCUCCUCAGCCAAUGACAGUUCAGACAGAACAUAAAGUGGAAGCAGCAGUCCAGGAAGUCAAGAGUGAAAUCACUUGUAAACAGGUGGGAACUACAAAUACUACUAACACACAGGUUCAAUCUGAUUCUACAGUGUCCACGACUAAAAUCCCUUCACCAAUCCCAGUGGCAAAACCACCACAGGAAGAGUUGCCACGACCAACUAAAAAGGUAUUCAUCCCUCCAAUCAAAAUACCCCCAGCUGCAGAACCUUCCCCAGUGGCAAAACCUAAACCGUAUGCCCGUAAAUUCAAAACCCCAUUGAUGCUGGCAGAGGAGAGGUAUCGUGUGCAAAGAGAGGAGGCUGAGAGAAACAAGUCACAAGACACAACUCCCACCACUUCACGAGUCACAUCUCCCACACCUCCUCCAACUAAUAUGAUGCAAAUUAUGGGCUCGACCAAUGUUGCAAGUGAACAACACUCAGUUACACACAAAACUGAGCAGUCAAAAGUGACCUCAGAGGCAACACAGGAAAAGGUUGAGGAAACUCAGUCUAAAAGCAAAGUAGGCACAGUAUCACAAGAGUCGCCCAUGAAGAAAGCUCCAUCACAUAUCCCCCUGAGCAAGCCUUUGAUCUCCAUGGUAAAUAAGAAAUCAACCUCUGAAUCUGGAAAGAUUUCCUCAGAUAAGAAACACAUUACCACUGAUCAGUCCUCUAUGGUCUCUUCUGGGAAAGAACUCGCCUCAUCUGUUGCCUCCAGAAAACAUCAGGCUGUUUCCUCUGGCAAGCAUCAGUCUGUUUCCUCUGGCAAGCAUCAGACUGUUUCAGUCUCUGCUGCUCACCCUCACCAUGAGUCCAAUAUUAAAGUCCAAUCUGGCUCUAAUGUGAUUUCGUCGUCAGUAGCUGAGCAGCAGAGUGGUAUGAAAGCUAGCUCACAGUCUAUCAUCUCCACUCAGAGCAUUGUCCAGGAAAAUGUACAUCUUCAAACACAAUCCGCCAUCACAUCCGAAGCAGAGGAGGCAAAGAAUACUAAUGCCUCUCUCACACAGGAAGUCAAAAAGAUUCCACCUCAGCCCACCAAAAUCAAAAUCCCAAAAGUGACACCAAAUUUCAAGGUGAGAACAGUGAAGUUGCCGACAGAGAAGAAAGAGGAGGAAAGCGAGGUGGUGCAAAAAGAUCAACAAGCAGUGAAAAACCAAUUACAUGUACAUCAAACCGGUAUGGAGAAUAUUUCUAAGAGUGAGACCAGAGUAGUUCAGGAGAGAACCCAGAUGGCCACCAGUAGCUCAGCGAAAAAUGAAGUAAAGUUGGAGAUGAAUGUGACACAGCAGAAAGCUGAGGAGGUUGAGAAAACUGCAGCUGCCAAGGAAACAAAGCUGGAGAUCCAAAUGAAGACAAUGGCAAAGCAGAAAGGCAUUAAAGUUGUCCCUUUGCCCAAAGAGCCAAAGCUAGUUCCCAUUCCAGUAGCUCAAGCUCAAGGGCACGGCCAAAUGUCCGUCUCCCACAGUCAACAGAGCAUGCAGGAACAGCACAUUCAGAAGCAGGAGCAAGUGAUUGUUAAUGAGAGAGUAGUUCAACAGAGCUUCCAGAAGCAGGAACAGCAGUUUCACACACAGAAGCAGCAGGUCAAGUCUUUCCAACAACAAGGAGAAGUAAGCAAAAUGCAGCAGCAUCAAGAGAGGUCAAAGGCAGAGUCUAAGGCUGUCUCCAUGAACAUUGCAGGGAAGGCAGCAGCACAGACAGAAACAACUCAAUCAAUGGUGGAAAGCACAGCUCAAUCAGUGGAGGAGAGCACAGAUUCAGAGAAAUGUGUAAUGGUACAGAAGCUGCUAUUUAACAUUAAGCAGCUUCAUCCAGGGAAAAUGGAUUCAAACUCAGUGAGGACAAUACUUAGUGAGGUCCCUGACUGGUUAAUGAGGGCGGAGGAAAAGCGUGAUUUAACACAGGUUGCUGUUCAGCAGAAUAAGAAGAAGCUCCCGGAGAUCAUUUUCCGUGUGAGAAACCUAGCACAAGCAAAACUUGUAUUCUUAGAAGGACACAUGGCAGCCAUGGCAAAACAGGAAAGUGAACCUGCACCUGCAUCAUCACCUGCACCACCACCUGAACCAGCAAAUGAAAAGAAAGGAUUUGGAGGAGCAACAGCCAAGAUAUCUAAAAUAAGCAUUGGCUCGUCAAGAGUCGAAACCCAUAAGAAAGUGGUUGAGGAGAAGAAGAUCUCCCAUGAGAGCAAAAAGCCAGAGCUGACUGAAGUAAAAGGUCCUGAUCCCAGAGUUCCCUCUCCCAUGCUUGCAACGCGAACACCUUCACCUACUUUCAUAAGCAUUGAAUCAGUGAGGAGAACAGACUCACCCCUCAUGGUGACCCCGUCACCUCCUCCGUCAUACAGGAGUGGUGCCACCCCAACCCCACCACCUCCCCCUCCCCGUACCCCUACCUUUCGGUUCUGUAGGGCCACACCCUCUCCCACCUUGAGCCGCUCAGAGAAGCUAGCCAAGAUGAAGGACACCACUGCGAAGCUCUCUCGGGGCAUGACCCCUCCCCCACCCAUGCCUGAUUUUCUGACAACAGAGCAAGCCUCUGACAGAGAGGAUUCCCCAGCGCUGAUUGAACCUGAGAUCCACAUGCAGACACUGGAGAUGGAGACUGGGACGACAACUCCAGAUGUGGCUGAUAUGGUUGACUCCAUGAUGACUGUCAGAGACAAAAAGUUCUUCUUUGAGGAAGCUCAGAAGGCAGAGGUGAGCAAGACAUACAUGCGGAAGGACCCCAUUGAAAUCCCAGAGCGCCUGGGUCCAGAGGAUCUAGAGGAAGUUCCUGAAGGUGUGAAUAUAGACAUAAUGAAAGAGGAUCUCCCUAGGCUUGACCUGUCAAAGCUGGUCAAUCAAUUUGAAUCCCCACAACCAAAGCUGUACAUCAGAAAAGAUCCCAUCGUCAUCACAGAUAGACUGGGAAGUGACACUGAAGAUCCAGAGGCAGACCCCAAAACGCCAAAAACCGAUGAAACACCUGCCUUCAACAUCAAGGCGAUCAAGAAUGCCUUUGACUUGGGUGACCAUAAUGCUCUCAAAGAAGUGAGAGAGAAACAAGAGGAGAGAGAGAGGAGAGAAUCAGAAUCUGCCGAACCGGCGGGGCACUCCGAAACAAAGUCUGUCACUGAGGAGUUCUCUGGCAUGGAUGAAUUUGGCAACGUAACAAGCGGGGUGAGGAGCGAGACCAGCAUGCAUUCUGAGAGCCAUAUGACCUGCCCCCUCCCUCCCUCCUACGCCGACGUGGUGAAGGGGAAGGUUGAAGAGAUGGCAGUUCCUGUGGAGGCCGCCACCGAGGACCUACUGAAGAGCUUCCACCAGUCCUGGGCCGAAAGUGAGAGUGUGUUCCAGAAUCUGGGAUUCAGUGUCUCAGAACAGAGGACGUCACAGAUCUUAACACACCAGCAGGAGACUGUCGUGACGGAUAAAAGAAGACACAGGAGAAGAGGUUUUGGAAAAGAAGAAAAUUCGAGUUCCAGAGUCCGAACUGUGCACGGUGUGUCGGAAGAGGGUGUAUCCGAUGGAGUCUCUGAUCGCAGACAAACACAAUUUCCAUAAAAGCUGCUUCCGCUGUGAGCACUGCAGUGGCAAACUAAGCCUUGGCAACUACGCCUCUCUCCAUGGACGAAUGUACUGCAAGCCACACUUCAAACAACUGUUCAAGUCCAAAGGAAAUUAUGACGAAGGAU